UUCUUUUUUUCCAGAUUAGAAAAGACGUUUACUUCAGUUCUUCCACUUCUUGCGUUUGGAAGACCAAAGCAGCCUUACAUAACCUCGUGAUACUUGUCUCCUCCUACGUUACAGUCGCUCUCAUUUCAUGGCACACAAGCCUUUCAAAUUCAAUGAGGAUAUUCUCGAGCAACUGAGAAAUGGGACUGCGAAAUUCGAGCUUGUUUCUUCCCCUGUUCCUUCAGUUGCUGCUCCUCCGAACAACAUCACAAGCUUGUUUGGGAUUGGGAAUCGUAGCGCUCUCUUUUUCGCUAGAAUUGGCUCAUCCUUUAGUGGACACUCUCCCGCAAUGAAGAAACUUGAGCAUUUUUCAGUUCAGAAGGUUACAGGGGAUGGGCGAUGUCUGUUUCGUGCUCUGGUCAAAGGAAUGGCUUACAAUAAGGGAACUGUUCUUAAUCAACGUGAGGAGAGAGAAAAUGCAGAUGAAUUAAGAAUGGCUGUGAAAGAAGCUAUAUGUGAAAAUGGAGGUGAACGUAAUUUAUAUGAAGAAGCCCUCAUUGCCAUCACAGUUGAUGAACCACUAAAUCGUUACUGCAAACGGAUUGUACGACCUGAUUUCUGGGGAGGAGAAUCAGAGCUGUUGGUGCUGUCAAAGUUAUGUAAACAGCCAAUCAUUGUGUACAUCCCAGAGUAUGAGUUGAUGGGAUCUCCAACACAUCUGCUUACGGAGAGGAUUGGACAUCUCAAGCGUGGGACUAGAUGUUUGUGGAUAGUCCAACAACGGCCCGAUUGUAGCACAGAGGCGGUGGUUUUGGAUCUGGUUUCAUUCCCAUUGCGGAGUAUGGAAGUGAAUUUAGAAAGGGUUCAAGGAGAAAAGCUGUGAGGCUAUUGUACAGCGGCAAGAACCAUUAUGAUCUUCUGGUAUGAGGAACUGCUAACGAAGGAGAAGGAAGAAAAAGUAGGUAAUUCAAAUGCCAUUUUGUAAUGAUUUUGUUAUGUUAGAAUCCACUUAUUUUUUUCUUGUUUGUUUUACGAUUUUUGCUAGUCCACCAUGAACUCCUUGUUUUUAUUCUUAAUAUUAAACGAAGUAUUCUAAAGCGA